GGACAAUGCGGCUUCCCGCGGCGAUCCUGUAUCACUACCCCUGCACGGAUGGAGUGUUUGCGGCACUGGCAGCGCAUCUGUAUCAUCAGGCCAUCGGCAAGGCUGCGCGAUUCUUUCCAAAUGCUGUCUACCGUCCACUCAGGUUGGUGGACGAGCUGCCCGUCGAGGAAGUCGACGUGUUUUACCUUUUAGAUUUCGUGGGUCCUGCCGGUUUCGUCACAGAUCUUUGCAGUAAAGCUAAAGAAGUUGUGGUGUUGGAUCACCACAAGACGGCACUCCACAAGCUUCACAGUGAAGACCGUGCACCACAAAAUCUCCAUUCAGUCGUUGACAUGAAUCGAAGUGGAGCUACGAUUGCUUAUGAUUACUUUUCGGAGCGUUUUCCAGAACUUUGGAGUGGAGAGCACAAGUUGCAAAAGAUGUACAAGUAUGUGGAGGAUGGCGACCUUUGGCGCUGGAGCAUUCCAGAGAGCAAGGCAUUUUCGAGCGGUAUCCAGGAUUUGAAGCUGGAGUACAAUGCCGUGCUGAAUCCUUCAAUUUUCAACCAGUUGCUGGAACUUGAUAUUGACUCUGUUCUUGAGAGAGGAAAGCAAAGAGUGUUAGUGCAUCAAGAAAUUAUACGCUCUAUUCUCGAAAACUCUUUUGAAAUCGAGAUUGGAAAUGGCAAGUUUGGGCGUUUUCUUGGUGUAAGAGCAGACAAUGCACAGGAGCUUAGAAGUGAUCUCGGACAUCAGCUUGCGGAGAAAAGUCUUCGCGCUGGCUUAAGGCCUAUCGGUGCAGUGGUUUAUGAAGUCGAAGAACUUGGAGAUCCAGACACUCUGAAAGUGAGCCUUCGAAGCAUCGACGAUGACACAACGGGUAUAUCUCAGUCCUACGGAGGGGGUGGUCACCGCUGUGCAAGCUCUUUCAUGAUAAAUAAGGCUGAGCUCGAGCAAUGGAUUUAAUCGGCGAGUAAAAGUGCCUCAAGUGGCAUUUAAAAAGCGUUUCUUUCUUCUGCAGCUGCCAAUCGAGUUGUUUUGUUUUUUCCUUUGUCCAAACAAUGAGGUGCAUUUCUCCAUUCAGUCAGUGAGUGGUCCCUUCUCUUCGUACAUCUCGCUCCAAAACUUUCAACGUUUCAAUGCUGUGUUGCCGUGUUAAUCCGAUCGCUGCGCGUGCUCGAUUAUAACACUUGUCAAGUGUCAAAUGUGAACGAAAGUAACCAAGGUAACCCGUGCUUCAUUUUUCUUGCUAUUGCUCAUUACUAUACAUCACUAAGUUCCCAGACAAUGUGGAAAAGAACUUGCGCUUUAAGUUCAAGAUCAAAGAAAAUCCACGUGCUUGCGAUCGGGAA